UAUUACGCAUGCGCAAAUAUAUGUCUGGGUACUGUCUUGGGGUGCAUGCGCAAAAGGGCCGAUGGGGAUGUUGCAAGGCCUGUGCUGACCCUCAGUCGCCCGUUCCAGUCAAGAGGAGGUUUUGUUUCUAUUUCUUUAUGAAUGCUUCAAGUUUGUUUCAUUCCACAAUCUUACUAACCAAAAUAAAUACAUUGUCUUGGAGGCCAUGGCUUUGGAGGCAGCAAAAGUUUUUAUCCCCCCGACUGGCUGUAUCUUUAUUCCCAGUAGCAGGAAAGAAGAAUUCUUGUGAUCUUCUUGCACUAAGUGAAGCAGACUUAGAAGAACAGUUUGUAAGAGGUAAUGGCCCAGGAGGUCAAGCAACUAAUAAGACAAGCAACUGUGUGGUCCUGAAGCAUAUUCCAUCUGGGAUAGUAGUCAAGUGUCAUCAAACUAGAUCAGUGGAGAUGAACCGACAGAGAGCCAGAGAAAUCCUGCAGCAAAAAGUUGACCUCUUUUACAAAGGUGAAAAUAGUGACAUUUUUAAAGAGAAAAGAGCAGCUGAGAAGAAAAAGCAAGAAAAGAAAAAAAGAGCAAAGGAGACUCUAGAAAAGAAAAGGCAUAUUAAAGAAAUGCAAGAAUCAGAUGUCAAAUAACCCAUUGACAGCAAAUGAAUCCUGACAGCUACACCAGAGUAGGCUAACAGGGUUGCUACAAGCCCACAGAUCAAACAAAGUAACAACAGUUUAACCAAUGCUAUUGCAAAGUGGAUAGCUAUGGACUGCAGCCCACUCAACAUUGUAAACGACAUGGUUAAGAGGUGUUGUUCAAACUGCAUCUUCCAAUCUGUGAUAUACCGUGCCCUGCCAAGAGCCCAUUGCAUCAUGAAUACUUGGCCUAUAUCAUGAGAAGACUAUAAAGUUGGAGCUUCUGAAAAAUGCACUAGCUGCUGCUUUGACUGGUGAUCACUGGACAUCCUUGAGCAAUCACAGCUGUCUGCAGUCACAGCACACCUAAUUGAUGCUGCAUGGACACCGCAGUCAUUUGCUUUAACAGUAACACAUACUGAAGAGAGACGUUAUGCUGAAACGUGCGGAGUGUUUCUUGGAUGUUGCAAAAGAAUGGACUAUUCAAGAAAAGGUAACUUAGUACUGACAGAGCACAUAAUAUGAUUGCAAGAGCCAGUCAUUUGCCUUUUGAACAUGUGGCAUGCAUCACUCAGUCUGCAGCGAUCCAUUACAAUAGCACUCAAUGAUGGUGGUUUAGAAAACGUGCUGGCAAAAUGUAGAAAACUUGUGGGCCAUGUCAAACACAAUCCAGUUAACAGUACAGAGCUAAAAAUACAACAAGCUGCAAAUGGACAGAAACAAGAACCUCUUGUACAAGAUAUUUCAAACCAGAUGGAACCCCACAUUGGGUAAGGUUCAGUUCAUGCUUAGAAAUAAAGCUGUUGUCACAGCCACAUUAGCUCUUCAAAAGCACAGUCUAUUAGUGCCGCCAGAUGGUGAUUUUGAAAAACUGCGAGUUAGAAACACUACUUGAGCCUUGCAGGGUUGUGACUGAAUUCCUUGGGGGGAAAUUGUAUGUCUCCUGCUCCGUGGUUUUACCUGUAUUCUGCCAUUUAUUUCAUGUUAUGGCAGUCUCCAAUGACAACCCAGCACAUGUUAGAUUU